AGAGAGAGAGAGAGAGUAAUGUCCGUAAUGUCUGUAAUGUACAUGGAAUUCAUGAAGAUGUCCGGCACUGCAAAAACUUUCCGGUGCAACUCACCGGAUCGGUCACGGGGCGAUUCGCGGGUGGGCUCAGCUCAUCAAUGGUCGGCUCUGGUGCUCAUGAUUCUGUUGUACACGGCUAUGGCGGUAGCGGGGUCUCGCGGCCAAUCGCGGCCGGCUCCGGAUUCGCGAUCGGUAUCUCUAACUUUACAGUAUCUCGCUCCGGCAUUGGCGAUGGCGUCUGGCUAGCUUUCUGGCAGGCAGGCAGGCAGGCAGGCAGGCUGGCUGGCUGUCGUCGUCGUCGCCAGGGAGGGAGCUGCUGAUCCGAGAGCAUGAUUUACUGAGAGCUGGCUUAGCUGGUGAGAGGGGAUUGAGACCCGAGACCAGAGACCUGAGACCUGAGAUUUGUGAGGAGGAUUCCAUGGCGUCGGCCGUAUGCGCUAGUAGUGCUCACUGCUGCGCGCGCACAUGCUCGUCAUCCGACACCGUGUCGCGAUCGGCCAGCCGGUCAAGGCCGACGAGCUCGUUGCUCUUUCCACCCGCAGGGAAGUUGAGUGCGGGAAAAUGCAGCAUCAGCAGCAGGUCGAGGAGGUCGUGUGGCGGUGUUCAUGUGGUCCGGAUGGGGCUCAGAGCUGUCGAGUCGUAUGACGCUUCGUUUCAGCUUCUACCUGAGUGCGAAGAAAGGUUGCGGGACUUGCUGAAAUCCGAGACUUUCUGUGCACAGGUUGCAGAGCAAGCGCAAAAGGGCCCUGAUGUGAAAUACGUUUUCAGUGGAGAAUUAUUUCAACCUGUUCCCUGGAGCCCUACGACUAAGCAUGGCAUGCCUCAGGAAUACGAAAAGUACCUCGAGGAUAAAGAGCAGUACGCGAUCAUUAACGUGCCCCCAAACUUCAUGUUUCAGGCCAAGAUCUUCAAACCCUCUCGUCUUUGCGCUGUCUACCAAAGAUUGGGUGUUGACCAGUAGCGAACACAACAGUAUAUACAGGAGUUUACAGUGAAUUCUCAACUUUAUGCAGGCGGGAUUUGGGAGUAUCACCGGCGGGCAGUAUCAUACAAGGCACACAGCAUCGGAUAUACACGAAAUCCUCAAAGGUGAUGUCACUGAUUUUAGUCCAUAUUUGGACAUGUAAGUCAAAAUGGAACAGUGAUCAAUAGACAUCACGAUGGGAUCCGUGACCGGAUUGAGAAUGAAACGUUAGCACAUCCAGAUGGAUUCUAACUGUUGACUUACAAAAAGGGCUGGUGAUGGAACAGUCUGUACGGGGCACUCAAUGCCUUGUAUUUUAUCCUCUUGGCAUCGACAGAGUUGCAUUCUUCGAAGGAUCGUUAUAUGACGUCUGUAUGUGGUGCAAAUGGAAUCACGGCGUAGAUGGUUUACACGAACCACGGCUCGAGAUGUAUUUUUCUAAGAUUAUUAGCAGAUCAUUUACUUUUGUCUCCGC